AUGGAUCAGACAAGUCAGGAGUCUUCUUUUCGAAGCACAACGGGGUCUGGGGCAGCGCCCCAGCCGCCGGAGGCAGCACCAGAACCCAAGCUAACCAACCCCCUAGAACUGAAAGAGACUCAUUUGUCGGCGGCGUUUUCGCCGCGGUCGUCAGCUUCGUCGUCCAGUACAAAUGGAGGAGCAGACAGCUCGCCGAACGGCAAGAGUGGAGCGUCGUCAGGAGCCAGUUCGACGUCGGAUCUGGCUGGUAGUAAUAAUUCGAACAGGACGCCAGUGAGUUUUGUGUCUGUGACUACAGGUCACCACUCGCCAGGCAGAAAGAUUCCCAACUCGAGUGCUUCAUCUUUAGAGACAAUUUCAGGUAACAAUUCCAGUGGAGCAGCGACAUCGGGAUCUCCAUCUGUUGUGCCGGCUCUGUCGUCAUCAGUGUCGUCGUCGGUUUCUCUGAAUGCCAAUAGCACCAAUAGCAGCAGUGGGCAAGCUGCUAAUCCAGCAAUUUCGUCGGCAUCUUCGUCAUCUUCAGCAGCAGCAGUAGCAUCAGCUUCGGCAGCUGCUGCAGAUGCGGCGAUUAAAGAGGGAGAUCCAGCAACAUCGACAUCGACUAUAACUCCUGGUCUAUUAAGUGUAUCAAUCACUAAAGCCGUUGGCUUGAGUUUACCACCGGGAAACGUGUGGCCAAACUAUAUUCUAAACGCCACUAACAGCAGUAUUGGUGCUGGUAGUGUGAGUGGAAGUAUAGCUCCCGGUGGUACAGGAUCGGGUAUUGGCGGUGUAGGAUCGCUAUCAAAUGGAAACUCGAUUUCUCCUAGAAAACAACAACUUUCGAGCCCAUCACAAUUACAUCAAUUACAACGAGAUAAACAGAGCCCGAGUAACCUCGGCCGUAGAAGACCUCCACCUAUUUAUAUUGUUUUGGAAUAUGAUAAAACCCAGGUCAUUUUAGACGCCAUGGGCGGAACUGUAGACGGGCCGAUAUGGGAUAAAGUGUCGAAUUUCGAUGUUUCGCGUAUCGAAUCGUUGAGUAUUCAAGUGUUUGCCAAGAUCCCGGUGACAGUGAAUACGGAUGGAACCUCUUCAGUUGGUGCUGGUGGAUCGGUUAUUGUCGGUGGUGAGUCGCCAUUCACACCUCCAAGACAAUCACUAGGAGAUAACGGUACAGCCGAGUCGACUCGAGGUGGCAACUUGAACAGUGAAGCACUCCGUAAAAAGGGAUAUCAGGAGAUAUUCCUUGGUACGUGCAAAAUCGACGCCAAUCUGUCGAAGACAGUUAUCUGUGACGGAUGGCUGCCGCUGUCAUCUGGUACCGGCAAGAUCCAAGUACGAAUCGAGUUUAAAGCCAAUAAGAAUAACAAGCAUCUCACAAUUGAAGACUUUGAUCUGCUGAAAGUUGUCGGUAAAGGUUCGUUUGGCAAAGUCAUGCAGGUGCGUAAAAUCGAUACCAGACGUAUCUACGCUCUUAAGACCAUUCGAAAGGCACAUAUUAUAUCACGAUCCGAAGUCAAUCAUACUCUAGCCGAGCGUACAGUUCUUGCACAAAUCGACAAUCCAUUUAUUGUUCCGUUGAAAUUCAGUUUCCAAUCGCCCGAAAAACUUUAUCUAGUUCUAGCAUUUGUCAAUGGAGGUGAACUGUUUCACCAUCUGCAAAGAGAAGGUCGAUUCGACCUUAAUCGGUCACGUUUCUACACUGCCGAGCUACUAUGUGCAUUAGAGUGUCUGCACGAGUACAAUGUCAUUUACCGAGAUUUAAAACCCGAGAACAUUCUCCUUGACUAUACUGGACACAUUGCCCUGUGUGAUUUCGGACUGUGUAAACUGAACAUGGCUGGACAGGAAAAGACCAAUACAUUUUGCGGAACUCCCGAGUACCUUGCACCUGAACUUCUACUUGGACAAGGAUAUACGAAGGUAGUCGAUUGGUGGACUCUAGGUGUAUUGUUCUACGAAAUGCUGACUGGUCUGCCUCCAUUCUACGACCAGGAUACAAAUGAGAUGUACCGCAAGAUUCUACAGGAUCCACUGCGAUUUCCUGACGAUAUGGACCGAGAAGCCCGUUCACUGCUGACUGGUCUUUUGAACCGAGAUCCCAAAAAGAGACUUGGAGUUAAUGGAGCUGCCGAGAUCAAGGCACACCCAUUCUUCGCACAAAUCGACUGGAAACGACUUAUGAACAAAAAGUAUGCUGCUCCAUUCAAGCCAUCGGUCGAAAGUGCUACCGAUACCAGCAACUUCGACCAGGAGUUCACCAGCGAAGUUCCGACCGACUCGGUCGUCGAAAAGGACUUCUACCUCUCAGAAAGCGUCCAGCAGCAGUUCGGCGGCUGGACCUACACCAACACCGACUCCAAGCUCGCGAGCUCCGGCAGAUGGUAG